AUGGCCACUCCCAUGCCGGACACGCCGGGGGGCUGCCCCCCUCGGCCCCCCAACCCAGCGCUCAUCUACAGCAACGUGGCCCAGCUGCGGCACGGGGAGGGGGCUGCCCCGCGGGACACACCCUCCUGGGCACCCAGGAAACCCCUGACCAAGUCCCAAAGCCUGGGGGAGCCGCUGGCCCGCAGCAGCCCCCAGGAAGCCCCAUCAGCCAGCCUGAAGGAGCUGACGUUUGGGACAGCAGAUGGGGAGCUGGGGCAGCUCUUGGAGAGCCCGGGCGGGGUCUGUGGGGUGGUUUUGGGGUGCCAGGAGGCCUCCCUGGCCCGGCUGUCGGCUCACAUGCAGGAGGAGCUGGUGGGGCCCGAGCAGAGGCAGCAGCUGCUGCAGGCAGAGCUGGCAGGGAAGGGCUGGGCAGAGCUGCGUGUCCUGGACCCCCAGCCCUGCUGCCAGAGCGGGGACGCCUGGUACUUCAGGGUGGGCUUCACCUUCCAGCACAGCCAGCUGCAGUGUGCAGCCAAGGUGCCCAAGCCGUGCUGCUCCAGCCUGGGGGUGCACAGCUCCCUGGGGACUCACUGCAGCAUCCAGCGCCUGCUCGGCCGCUUCACCGACCGCCUCCCGCAGGAGCUGGUGCUCCCAGGAAUCCCUGGAAAACACAGUCAGGGCCCUUCCAGAGAGGAAGCAGCCCGUCCUGCCCCCCAGCCUGUGCUGCAGGUGCUCCUUUGUGCCGAGGUUCCCCAGCAGACCCUGGCAGACUUUGUGAAGGGCUCCCACGCUUUGCACAGGGCCAGCCCCGGGCACUACGAACGCCUGGGCUGCCUCCUGCUCCUGCAGCUCUGCUUGGGGCUGGAGCACCUCCGGGGGCAGAACCUGGCCCAGGGGGACCUCUGCCCCGAGAACCUGCUGCUGGUGCCGUGCCCGUGUCCCUCCCAGGGCCAGCAGGGCCCGAAGGAGCUGCCAGGACUGUCCCUCUCACGGCUGCUCAUCAGCAGCUUCUUCAAGGUGCAGGAGAAGCAAAGACCCUGUUCCAGCAGCCAGGAGCAGGACUGGAGCCAGGCUCUGGCUGCACCCUCCCCUCCAGCAGCAGCUGAGCUGAACGUGGGCAGGCUGAUCUAUCAGAUCUUGCACGUGGACAUCUCCCUGGAGAACAUUUUGGGUUUCAGAAGCCAAAGGCUCCCCGACAUCCCCUCGCUGUCCAUCUACUCGGCGGGGCUGAAGCGCUUGGCCGCGCUGCUGCUGCACAGGGAUCCUCAGCAGAGGGUGUCCAUCGAGCAGGCCAGGGCCAUCCUGCAGGUGCUGCUCUGGGGGCCGCGCCAGCAGCUCUUCGCCAGGAAGAACUCGGCUGGGGCCGGGGCCAGCCCCGGUCUGGAGGAGUGGCUGUGCUGCCAGUACUUCCAGGGGGUCACAGAGCACACCCUCUACCAAGUCACCCAGGUUCUCUAUGCGCCCUAA